UGGUGCUCGGCAGAGGCGAGAGGGAUCGGCGGUGACCAUCGCUCCCGCCCGCACGGUCUGCGCUCGGAUGACUUCUGCUAGUGAAGCGCACUGAGGCGUGAUGGCGAGGACCUAGGGAAAGGCACUGAGAUGCCAGGACGCCAUUCCUAGUUGCCCUCGGCCUCCAGGCGCGGGCGCUCGUUUCCGCACCGUUGCUAGGCAGCCGCGUCUGGGGCGGGAGCCGGGGGGCGGGCUAACGCGGAAGCGUCAGAUGCAAGGGAGGGGCUGUGACUGCGCAGGGUCAGGGUGCCGGGAAGAGGGCCAUGGAGCAGUACUGCAUCUUGGGGCGCAUAGGGGAGGGUGCGCACGGCAUCGUCUUCAAAGCCAAGCACGUGGAGACUGGAGAGAUCGUUGCCCUCAAGAAGGUGGCCCUGCGGCGGCUGGAGGAUGGCAUUCCCAACCAGGUCCUACGGGAGAUCAAGGCCCUGCAGGAGAUCGAAGACAGUCAGUAUGUUGUGCAGCUGAAGGCCGUGUUCCCACAUGGCGCAGGCUUCGUGCUGGCCUUCGAGUUCAUGCUGUCAGAUCUGGCUGAGGUGGUGCGCCAUACCCAGAGGCCACUGGCCCAGGCGCAGGUCAAGAGCUACUUACAGAUGCUGCUCAAGGGCGUCGCCUUCUGCCAUGCCAACAACAUUGUGCAUCGGGACCUGAAACCAGCCAACCUGCUUAUCAGUGCCUCAGGCCAGCUCAAGAUAGCGGACUUUGGCCUGGCCCGGGUCUUUUCCCCAGAUGGCAACCGCCUCUACACACACCAGGUGGCCACCAGGUGGUACCGAGCCCCCGAGCUCCUGUAUGGUGCCCGCCAGUACGAUCAAGGUGUCGACCUCUGGGCCGUGGGCUGCAUCCUGGGGGAGCUGUUGAACGGGUCUCCCCUUUUCCCAGGAGAGAAUGACAUCGAACAGCUUUGCUGUGUGCUUCGAAUCUUGGGCACCCCCAGUCCUCAAGUCUGGCCGGUUUGCAGGGGCCUACCAUUUGGAGGGGUGGGGGAGAUCACUGAGCUGCCUGACUACAACAAGAUCUCCUUCAAGGAGCAGGCGCCCGUGCCCCUGGAGGAGGUGCUGCCUGACGCCUCUCCCCAGGCCUUGGACCUGCUAGGGCGGUUCCUCCUCUACCCACCACAGCAGCGCAUCUCUGCCUCCCAGGCCCUCCUGCACCACUACUUCUUCACAGCUCCCCUGCCUGUCCACCCCUCGGAGCUGCCGAUCCCCCAGCGCCCAGGGGGACCUGCCCCCAAGGCCCACCCAGGACCCCCGCACGUCCAUGACUUCCACGUGGACCGGCCUCUCGAGGAGUCACUGUUGAACCCGGAGCUGAUUCGGCCUUUCAUCCCGGAGGGCUGAGAUGCAGGGCCAGGCCCUGUUGGCUUGUCCCCCCAACUUCCUGCCCCUCCCAAGGACAACCCAAGCCACUCUCUGCUCCAGCCUGAUUUCGACCACAGUGGCCCUGGUCCUGGCCAGAUGAUGAGGCCAUCCAGCCCCAGCAGAGGGCGCCCGCAACCUGUGCUGUCGGCCUCCCACCUGUGUGCUGAAGGAGGCAGUGAGUUCCACUGCUAUGCCUGUCAUCAUCAGGGAUUCCACCGGUCAGGGAUUGUCCCAGUGGAACCAUAUAAGGCAGCACUGAGUUUACCAUGUCCUCAUGUUGGAAACCCAAGUGAGAAGGAAAGUUUGGUUUGAUUUUGUUCUCAGACAUUAAACACUAGUUCAACUUUGAGAUUUAUUAUAAAAACCCUGAAUAGUUCUAUGUGACAUACGCCCCUCUUCCAUAGUUCAUAUAGAGAGAGUGGCCGAGGUGGCAUCAUCUCUUGACCCUUGUUUCUCUCUGGUCACUUGGAAAGUGGCCCCAUUCAUGGCUACGUUAGUCUUGCGGGCUUCCUAGGUUCUUCAUGUAACAGAGCUCCUUUUAGAGGUGAGGUGGCAGAAGGCAAGGGCCAGGGAUGGCUCAAGUGGGGGACCCAGUAGUGACCCUCCACACUUUAAACUGGUUUACCAGCAUCACCCUCAGGAUAAAGGUGAACCUUAUCCUCUUCGCUCAGAGAUAUCUUACAAAUAAGACAGACAUUCCUGGAAUUCAUUUGUUAAUUCAGUAAAUAUCAAAACAAUCUGAA